CCCGGCUGCUGCAUCUUGCAUGAGGCUGCUUCCCUAGGUUGAAUACCUACAGCUCAAGGUUACAGUCAAGAUAUUUCCACUUUUGGCGGCACUUUCGACCUCAUCGCCCGCCUUAGCCAAGACCAAGACUGCAGACUUUUUGAAUCCCAGUCCAUCCAGGGCAGGAUUGAAGACUUUUCCCCGCCAGAGCCAAUUCAAUUUAGUUACAAUCACUCUUUCGCUUUGGUUCCUCCCUCUUUCUCUUUGCUACUGCAAUUUCUUCUCUCUCUCUCUCUGGCCCGUUCACUCCCUACAUACCUCUAAUCGUUACCACGGGAACCUUCACACACACAAGGCAACAAAUAUCCACAUACACACUGACAGUUUUCAAACACGCCACGCAAUCUCUAUCUUUGCACUUGAUCUUGGCCAAUUUGCAAGUUCGGACGGAAAGCUCAAACUUUCCCAGUCGUCUACGCUACUUCCGUCACCAUUAUCGCUUCUCUUACAACCCGCCGCGGCCUUGGCUUAGCUCGGGCUUGGAGAUCGAGGCAUCAUCAUUGAUCCUCCUCCUCGCCACUUACAUCACUCCACACGCAAAAAGAAUUUUGGGCUAUCCUUCACCAUAUCCGACGACGACGACUACAAUCAAGUUACUAUCAUCAAUCUUUCACCACACCGUCGAUUCUUUUACAAGCUACUGCCGACGCCCACUGCAACUGUACACCAUCGAUAUCAAGGACAACGUGCUGGCUCAUGUUCUUCCCCCUUGCUUCGGACUUGGAAACAGACUAACCUCGGCCCGGCUUCCCAACGGCCAAUGGCUACGAGAUGGCAUCCACUCCUUCGAACCGACACAAGCUUACGCCCGCCAGCUCUCCCUUCGUCACCCGGACUUCUAGGUCCCCAGGUCCUCAACGGUCCCGUGCCAUCAAUGAGACCUGCUUGUCCCUCAGGCGUGUCAUAGGCACCACUUGCUCCUCGCCCACCGGCUUCGAUUCCGUCCACUCAUCUUUCGCCUACAUUGCUGGCGGAGCUGUUGUAGUGGUUGACGUAUCCGGCGAGCAUUAUUCCCAACGCUUUUACCGAGCCCGUCCCUCGGCAGUCCCCGUCUUUGCCCUUUCACCCGUCUCCCACACUACCGCGGCGAAUGCCAAUCCGACACCGAAAGCCAAUGACAGUAGGAACAGGACUACCGCUUCACAGAGAGAAUUGGCCUACCAGACAGCCGACUCUUCACAGACCUGGACAAGUCGCGAGCGCAUAAAGGCUGCCACUUGCCUUGGCCUCAGCCGGGAUGGACGAUACCUGGCUGUGGGUGAAACGGGCUAUGCCCCCCGUGUCCUGAUCUUCAACCUCCAAGAUGCCUCUUCCGAUACGCCAUUGGUGUCCAUCAGUGAACAUGCAUUUGGAGUCAAGGCCGUAACAUGGUCACCAGACACAAAGUUUUUGGCUUCUCUGGGCGCUGCCAACGAUGGGUUUCUUUACAUUUGGAAGGUUGACACGAGAACCGGCGCUGCCAGGCUCUUUCAGCAAAACCGCUGUACCUCUCACGUCAAGGGUAUGGUUUGGAUGGGCAACAAUUUGAUCACAUUGGGUGUCCGUCACAUCAAGGUUUGGAGGGUUGAAGAACCUCCGCCGCCUGUCUCUCCGAUGAAGGCCAAAUUCUCCCAACAGGAGGUGGCCUGUUCAGCCGCCCAGCUGGCCCAGAAACCACUGCCUGGCCGAAAUAUUCUGUUGGGUUCCAUGCUGGACGCCACGUUCAGCUGCGCUCUUGCACUUGAUGAAAACAGGGCCAUCAUCUGCUCAGAAACGGGCAGUAUCUGUCUCUUGGAUGACACAAACAAGCAGAUGAAACUAACACGACUACUGGAUCUGAACUUCCACGUUAGCUGCAUAUCGAUGAGGAAUGAAACGCUCUACAUCGGUGGGAAGGAUGGUCAGCUAUCAACCCUCGCACUCGAUGGUGUCUUGGAAGGCACCCCUGACCCCACAAUUCACAAUCCUCAUACGUCUGACGGCCUUGUCGCCCUGGGAUUCCUCGCCGAAAAUUUCGUCACAAUUGACAGCCGCCGAACGAUCAACAUUUGGAGUCCUGAUCAUAUUCCGGCCGUAUCAUCCGACGACCCGCACCACAUUCCCAUCCCUGGCGCCGGCGACAUUGUUGGAAUACAAGAGCUUCCUGGGUUGAAUGGCGCGGACUCAUGCUUCGUCACCUGGUCUGCCUCUGGAAGGAUCAAUAUGUGGAAUCUGGACGGCCUGAUCAAGUUAACACUUGAUGUUCCCGUGGACCAGGUAGAGAACAACAUCGAUGGCGAGCAACCGGCCAAUCAGCUAGUGGUGGUGAGAGCCAGCAACGAUGGGAGUCUCUUUGUUGUGGGAGACAAGCUUGGCGUUCUUCGCAUCAUUGACGCCUCUACGAGAGUAUGUUUACUCGAAACGAAGGCACACUCCUCCGAUUGCCAGGAUAUUGCCAUCUUCGAGGACGAGUCAAGGCUCCUCAUCGCCUCAUGCGGCAGAGACCGCACAGCUCAAUUGUUUCACCGAACUUCCUCCGGUGCAUUUGACCACUUUCAAACGCUGGAAUUUAGCGCCAAGGUCGUCCAGGUUUUGAUUCCCUCCCGCGACAAAGUUCUCACUUGCUCGCUGGACCGUACCCUUCAGGUACACGAUCUGGUUACGAAAGAGAGUGACCCUGAUGUCAUGGCAGCCAUUUCUUCAAGGGUUAUUACGCUACGGGCUUCGCCAUCCUCAAUGGUGGUAACACCUCUUGGAAAGUCAAUUUUUGUAUCACUUUUGGAUCGCUCGGUUUGUCAUUUUGACUACAACAAUGGACGGCUCUUGAACUCGUUCAAAUGCCAUGACGAAGGAGGGUCCGAGACCGUUGUCUUGGAAUCACUAAAGUAUGGCCAAACCGGGGGGGACAUGGGCUUCUUGCUUGGCAUUUCCAACACAGACAAAUCUAUCCGGGUGUACGACGCUCACUCCGGCACCUUCAUGGGCCGUGAAUGGGGUCACACGGAAGCCAUCAACGGUGUGGUCAUGGUCGAGGGCGAGCAGGCUGGCAGAAAGAUUAUCAGUGUCGGAGAGGAUGGGACCAUCAUGGUUUGGGGCUUGGACAUACAGUUUCCAGUGACUGGUUCCAGGAACCGCGAUCCUUCGCCUGACAAGACCGCCAGCUCAAGGGCCAAUAACCCGUCUGCACACAGUCGACCACCACUCAGGAGGGUGUUAUCGAAGGCUGAGCUAGCCGAGUUUCAGCGACCAGCUUCAUCCCAUGCCGGCAGCAGCAGACAGCGCCGUCUCUCACCCAGUCGAGCACAACCCCGUCGUUCCUCUCAACAACACGCAGCGACUUCCACCACACGCACACCAGUAACAUCGGGAAAGCGGGGCAGCCUCGACGGUACAGGAUCAAUCCGAAUCAAACGCAACGCCCUACGUCGGACAUCUUCAGGAGCAGGCAGCAGAUCAGAAAGCCCGCCUUCCGAGGACAACGGCAUAUACCGUCGUUGCGCAUCCCCCCCGCUUAUCAACGGUGACGUGACACGCGCAGCCUCCACCGUCCGCUCGUCCGCCCGCAAGAAGACCAGUCAGUCAAACCUCCGAAGCAAUACCGCCCCUAGUACAUCGGCAGGGCCCAGCAGCGCCAACGGCUACGGCUUUGGUUCCCUCAGCGCAGCCACCGAGCAGACCUGCCGCCAACUGCGAGCCUACCGCAAAAAGCUGGCCAGCUCGGACGCUAUUAGCGGCGACAUCUUGGCCGAACUCGAUGCCGAACUGCGACUUACCGCGGCCGCCCUCGGCGAGCGGGCGAUCCGUAGCCGGAGCAGGAGGCCUCAUCUGCAGAACCACCGCAGCUACUGCGGCCACGGCAGCGAUCGUGAACGUGGCCACAGUCAUCACGACAGAGAGAAAGCGCUCAGCGAAAGCAUGCUUACCAACCUGCUGGACCAGUAUAGUGAACGGUUGGUCAGCAUGUUGGAUGAGAAGUUGAGGAUAAGGCUGCUGAGCGAGGAAGAGAGGGAGGCGCUGAUAAGUGCAAGGCAGAGUCAGCGGCCGACCACGUCUGGAGGAGGGUCGACGAGCUCGGUGGCGUCGGGGGUUACGGAGGGGAGAAGUGGGAGCAGCUCGAUCGGGAGCACGAUCAUGUGCAUCGAUGGAGAUGGGAUGAUGAUGAUGCAGGAAGAGGAGGACGGUGGGGAGGCGGACGGGGAGACCGAGUGUGACGGAGAGGGAGGGGCAGACACUGAGGCGGAGGAUUUCUGCGGUGAGGAAAGAGGGAGGGAGAGUGGUGGGUUGAAUGAGAGGAUGAUGGGGUUGGAUUUACAUUGCUAGGCAAAUGGAAGAAAGCAAAAGAGGAACCAGGAAAGAACCAGAAACAAAAACAAAGUGGACAAGAUACCCCUUCUGAACAAUAUUUCCUUUUCUUAUCACGACUUAAGAACAACAAUCACAACCUACCCACUUGUGCGAGCCACGCACUUCUCUUUUUGUCAAAACAAUUUUUUCUUUGUAUCAACAGAUUGGAGAGAAUCAUCGACUGCAAUUUGCAUUGGAGUGGCAUUGUGCAUUAUCGGGGAGAUUAGAAGGCGGGCGGUAGAUGGGGCUCAGGCGGAAUGGGGAAACAAGGAGUGAUGGAUAGAAGUGCUCUACAAUUCACUCGAGGCGUUAUGGGUAGUUUGUUAGGUUCAAUUGGAAAAGUUGAAUCUCCAAAUACGUACGAUCUUUUCUUCAUGUUGUUACAACCACCCACCACCAUUCACCAAUUUCUAAGUUCCGAAUAGACCUCCAUAUCACC